AUACAGCGAUGACUUCGAAUUUGAUGCUCACACACACAUCAUUUCCGAACAAGAAUCCACGAGUCACAUUUUCUUCAUCCCUCAACCCCCGAAUUAAGUUCAGAACCAACCUCGUCGUAGCUGAAAGCCCAGUUUGGAUUUCGACACUAACAUGUACCAAGCCAUCUCCACUUCAAGUGCGAUUGCUUCACUUCAGUGGUGGCGCAGUGUAGUCAUUUGAUACUGAUAAAAAGAACCUCGAUUGGCGUUAAACUGUGGAGUAGGUAUGCAGCAGAGAAUAAUAAUACCAAACAAGCAAGGUCAAAAGCUUGUUGGUGUGUUUCAUGACACUGGAUCAGAAAAACUUGCGGUUUUAUGCCAUGGCUUUCGAUCCUCAAAGGAGAGCAACAUGAUGGUAAACCUUGCUGCUGCUUUGGAAAAAGAAGGAAUUAGUGCAUUUCGCUUCGACUUUUCUGGAAACGGGGAAAGUGAAGGCCCCUUCGAGUAUGGUAACUACGCAGGUGAGACAGAAGACUUGAGGUCUGUCGUUGAAUACUUCACUGGAGUAGAACGUGUACCGGCUGUUGUUCUAGGGCAUAGUAAAGGUGGCAGCGUUGUCCUCCUUUAUGCAUCCAAGUAUCAUGAUAUAGGUGCCGUUGUUAAUGUCUGUGGCCGUUAUGAUCUCAAAAGUGGUCUCGAAAGACGCCUUGGUGCAAAUUUCAUGGAAACGCUGAAGAAGGAUGGCUACAUUGAUGUCAAAACUAAAUCAGGGGCUGUAAGUUAUCGAGUCACGGAGAAGAGUUUACUGGAGCGAGUGAAUACCAACAUGCAUGAGGCAUGCCUUAAAAUCGACAAGGGUUGCAAAGUGUUGACAGUUCACGGAUCAGCAGACGAAACGAUCCCAGUAAACGACGCUCUAGAGUUUGCAAAGAUUAUACCAAACCACGAGCUGCAGAUAAUCGAAGGAGCUGAUCAUAAGUACAGUUCACAUCAGGACGAAUUGACUUCGGUAGUUCUGCGUUUCGUAAAGGAAUCCUUGCAGUAGAGUGAACAUCUCAGCAAAAUGCUUAUUGUUGUUAGAUCAAACAUCAAAAUUCGAAUUUUGGACCAACUCAAGGUAAUAAGAAUAAGCUGUCAAUCUGUUUGAAUUAUUUGUUUGAUAAUGUACAUUGUUCGCAAUGAUUAUGAGGGGGUUUUGCAUCGCUGGUGAAAUAAAAUACGAGAUCUAUCUGUUUGAAAUAAAA